AUAACGGAAAACAGCAACAACGAUUGCAAUUUCAAGUUUGAGGUUCAAUAACCUAUAAAAAAAAAGUGAAGUGCAUAUGUAUAUAUAUAUGCAAAUGAAAAAACUGUUUUAUGGAAUUAAAUGAAAAUAAUUAUUCAAUGCCGCCAAAAAUGGAUGAUGCAAAUGUGACUCUAAAUAGUGGUCAAAUGACGGUGUUCCAAACAACGAAUGUGAACGAGUUCAACCCUAAUGUGGAAUCUUGGGAAGUGUGGAAAGAGCGCCUUGAAAUCCAUUUCUGUGAAAUUGGUUGCACAGAGGACAACAUAAAAAAAUCGAUUUUGUUGAAGUCGAUUGGUGCAGUGCCGUAUAAAGUGCUACAUAGUUUAUGCAGCCCUGAUUCCCCUAUUCGUAAGACGUAUGAUGAGCUGUGUGUGAUAUUGGACACACAAUAUACUCCACCAACGAUCGUUUUUAGUGAGCGGAAGAAGUUUCAUGUGGCAGUUAAGAAUGAUGGCGAGUCUGUUGCUGAGUGGUAUGCUCGUGUGAAGACCCUAGCACUUAAUUGCAAAUUGGGAGCCCAUUUAGAUGCAUUCAUCUUAAACCAAUUUGUAAUGGGUUUGCCAAAUUUUAUGUUCGAGAGGCUAUGUGAGGAAGAUGAAACUCUAGCGGUGCAAAGUGCGUUGAGAAAAGCUAUGAUAUUGGAAACAAAAAACAUGGCGAAAGUAGCAGAAAGGGAUCAAAGUUCAGUAAACUUUGUUAACAGAUCGAAGCCUUCGAGAAAAAAUGGCGGUGGUGGUAACAGCGGCAAUAGUUAUGGCGGUAACAUAAGUGGUGGUGGCAGCAGCGGUGGUAGCGGUAGCAGAGGCAGUGGCAGCAGAGGAAAUUUUGGUGGCAGCAGAGACAAUAACGGCGACGGUGAAAGAAAAUCAUCGUGCUCUCAUUGUGGUUGGCGUAACCAUAGCUCGCAGUCUUGUAAAUACAAGAACAGCAAGUGUCAUUCCUGUGGAAAAAUUGGCCAUUUGGCAUCUGUUUGCUACAAUAAAAAGAGAAGUGUUAAUUACGUUUCUAAUGACACUAGUGAAGAUUAUGUUGAUAAUGAUGUUUUCAAUUAUUCUAUUUUUAGUGUGGCUGAGCGAGGUUCUAGUGACGUGUAUUCCCUUCCAGUAAUAAUUGAUGGUGUCAAAUUGAAUGCUGUGUGUGAUACAGGUGCGCCAUGUACAUUGUUGCCUUUGUCGUUUUAUGAAAACAACGAUGUUAAGAAGGUUCUUCGUCCAUGCCAUGUACCAUAUGUGGAUUAUAGCGGAGACAAAUUGAAGCUGGUUGGUGAAUAUGAUGCCUCAAUUACUUUUGAAGAAAGCUGAGAGAACUGUUCUCACGCUAUGGUUUGGUUGACACGCUCGUUAGUGACAACGGACCACAGUUCACAUCAUAUGAAUUCAAGAAUUUCUUGGCCUUAAAUGGUAUAAAACAUGUCUUGACUCCUCCGGGACAUCCGUCCACAAAUGGUCAAGCAGAAAAUUUUGUCAAAACUUUUAAAAAGUCUAUUUUAGCAAAUUUAGACCAAAACAAAGAUGCCAAUUUGGAUCAAAUAUUAUGUCGUUUCCUAAUGGAUUACAGAAACAUGAAACAUUGCACAACAACUGAAUCUCCAGCUAUGCUGUUCUUUGGCAGGAAACUGAAAACCAGAUUUAGUCUUCUAAAACCCCCAACAACAAAACAAAACAUACUUAAGUCUCAAGACAACAACAUAGUUCAUCACAACGGUAAUCGCAAAGAGAUUUUUUGUGAAGGUGAAACUGUGUUAGUACGCGAUUAUCGAAAUCCAAAUAAACCUAGUUGGACUAAGGCAGUAAUUCAACGGCAACUAGGUCCACAAUCUUACUCCUGUGUUUUGUCUCACAACAACAACGUCAUCAAACGUCAUCUUGAUCAAAUUCGUGGUCAUAAUCUAACACAACAACAACAGCCAAUCGAGCAACCAACAACAACUAAUAACAACAACACAUCAUCAUCUGAACCUGUUCCUAUGCAAAUGAAUGAGGAUGUUUCACUCACUAGAAUGGAGCUCAGACCACGAGAGGGAGGUAGAGUUGUAAAGAAAUAACUCAAUUACAAUUUUCUAUGUAUUUUCAAAUAAAUAAAAUCAUUUAUUUAUUAUCAGC